CUGGUCUCAGCAGAAUAUAGCUAGAUACAAACAAUCAGAGGAUGUCCCUGAAAUCGGCGUCUGGCGUCCUGGAGGGCGCCACUGAUCGGACAACGAGCGCAGCCGGCUCCUCACUCACGGACAGUGCCUUGCCCACUGCGCAACGACACGCGAAACAUCUUGGUACGACUGUUACCCAGCCCACGAGCCUGACUACGCCGGGCGAGUUUCCCGGUGAAAAGACGCAAGACGAUGCCGCCGCACAAGACACAUCGGCAGGCCCGUGGUAUGAACCGAUGACGGCAUGGUUCCGAGACGUCGUCCCAAACACAUUCGAUUGGUUCGAGUCCACCGUGAAAUGGCUGCUGGCUUGGAUCUUUCCCCCGCCUCGCCAAGCGGCAAUCUUCGAAGCGGCACUACAAAAACCCUAUGCUACAUCAUUCCUGGUCUGUCAGCUCAUCUGCUGCGGGGUGCCGUUCUUCAUCUUUUUAGCCGGUACAUUGGUGUUCGCGGCCGUGGCUGUACUACUCUGGGCGAUACUAUCAUUCGUCAUCUUGGGACCAAUCCUCUUGGUUGCGUCCAUGAUGGGGGUAUAUCUGUGGAGUUGGGGCUUGGUUUUGUAUGCGGUCAUCAAGUGGGUGGACAGAACAUUCUUAGGGGGAGUGAUUAGCAAGUUCUGGCUUUCACAGGUGCCACAGGAGGAACAGCCUGAGGAUAUUCAGGAGGACCAUGAGCGAAAACAAACAAAGGAAGGAACAAAAGAAACAAAAUGAAAGGACGGUUUGGUCAGAGGGCUUCCUCUGGAGCCAGUCAAACGCCGGCAAGGGCUUCCUCGAGGAAGACGAUUGGAGGGACAAAUAAAAAAGUAGUAUUGACAUAGGACAGGACGGCAGUUCGCGAGGAGGGUCGGAUGAUACUAUACAAAAAGACGUAGACAGAAAAGCCCGUCUAGUCAAACCAAGGAAAUGGUGCAUCAUGGAUCAACCUAUCGGGCCACCGCAACGCACGAAGUCUGCU